AUGGAGCAAGACCAGCUUGGACACCCAACUUUAACCGACCUCCUAUGGACCCCAAGAACCCUUCGCGGCCCAAACUGUACCCCACUACGGCAGUGACUGUUAAGAUAUGGGACGGAAAAAACAGUUCCACCCCAGGGGCUCAUUGACAGUGAAUCCUACGAUUCCCCUCUCUAGGUGGAAUCAUCUAGGAAUAUCCUAUAUCCACCAGCUAUGCAAAGGAGAAACAAUUUUACCAUUCCCUUACAUGAGGGAGAUAUGUGGGGUACCUGAGGGCGACAUCUUCCCAUAUUUACAGCUGAAACACACGGUCAAUACACAUGUCACGUUUACACCCACUCCCAACCACCUUGACCGCACGACAGGUGCCCCACAGGUGCUGGACGGCCCCGAUGAAACCCAAAGCCCUCUCCCUAUGUUAUAA